ACACUAGCUUGGUUGCAAGUUACAAUAUAUUACGCGAUAUUGCCAAUUAUUGCAGAUUACUCCAAUCCGUCAGAAAAACCGGUCGGAUUUGUUGUUCAUUUCAGAAGAAUUAUUUAUUUAAUUAAAGAUGGUUGUGCGGCAAUAUCAAGAGGAACUUAAAUAUCUGGAAAAAAUAGAUGAAUGUUGUUGGAGAAUCAAAAAAGGCUUUCAACCUAAUAUGAAUGUUGAAGGAGUGUUUUACGUGAACAAUACAUUGGAACGUUUAAUGUUUGAUGAGUUGCGCAAUGCAUGUCGACCAGGUGCAAUUGGAGGUUUCCUUCCUGGAAUGAAACAGAUUGCUAAUGUUGCAGCUCUGCCUGGUAUUGUAUGGAGAUCUAUUGGAUUACCAGAUGUACACUCUGGAUAUGGCUUUGCUAUUGGUAAUAUGGCAGCAUUUGACAUGGAUGAUCCAAAAUCGAUUGUAUCACCUGGUGGUGUUGGUUUUGAUAUAAAUUGUGGUGUUCGUCUAUUGCGAACAAAUUUAUUUGAGAGAGACAUCCUACCAGUAAAAGAACAACUUGCGCAAAGCAUGUUUGAUCACAUUCCAGUUGGUGUUGGAUCUAAAGGAAUUAUACCAAUGAAUGCACGAGAUUUAGAGGAGGCAUUAGAAAUGGGAAUGGAUUGGUCUUUGAGGGAAGGUUACAUUUGGGCUGAAGAUAAGGAACACUGCGAAGAAUAUGGAAGAAUGCUUAAUGCUGAUCCAUCAAAAGUAUCAAUGAGAGCUAAGAAACGUGGACUUCCUCAAUUAGGUACAUUAGGAGCUGGAAAUCAUUAUGCAGAGAUUCAGGUGGUAGAUGAAAUAUAUGAUAAGUGGGCUGCAUGUAAAAUGGGUAUCGAAGAAAAAGGCCAAAUUUGUGUUAUGAUUCAUUCAGGAAGCAGAGGAUUUGGUCAUCAAGUUGCUACAGAUGCACUUGUGCAAAUGGAAAAGGCUAUGAAGCGAGAUAACAUAGAAACCAAUGAUAGGCAGCUAGCAUGUGCUCAUAUUAAAUCUCAAGAAGGCCAAGAUUACUUAAAGGCGAUGGCAGCUGCUGCUAAUUUUGCUUGGGUUAACAGGAGUUCUAUGACAUUUCUUACUCGACAGGCAUUUGCAAAACAAUUCAACUCAUCUCCUGAUGACUUAGAUAUGCAUGUUAUUUAUGAUGUUUCUCACAAUAUUGCCAAAAUAGAAGAACAUAUGGUUGAUGGAAAACAAAAGACACUUUUAGUUCAUAGAAAGGGAUCAACAAGAGCGUUUCCACCACAUCAUCCUUUGAUUCCUGUGGAUUAUCAGUUGACAGGCCAACCAGUUUUAAUUGGUGGUACUAUGGGGACCUGUAGUUACGUUCUAACUGGUACAGAACAGGGUAUGAAAGAAACAUUUGGAUCAACGUGUCAUGGUGCUGGUCGUGCUCUUUCAAGAGCAAAAUCACGUAGAAAUUUAGAUUAUAAGCAAGUUCUGGAAAAAUUGGAAGAGUUAGGCAUAUCGAUUCGAGUUGCUUCACCGAAAUUGGUUAUGGAAGAAGCGCCGGAAUCCUAUAAAAAUGUAACAGACGUUGUUAAUACUUGCCACACAGCUGGAAUCUCCAAGAAAUGCAUUAAGCUUCGACCAAUUGCAGUCAUUAAAGGAUAAUACACAAGAGAAAAUAUAUUUUGAUUGCUCUUUGGUCGAUGACCAAAUAUUGCAGAUAUGUUUGCCAAGUGAUAUUUAUUAAAGUUACGCGCGAAUAUAUUAGGUAAUUAAUCUCACAUUUUUUUUGCAUGAAAAUAUUUGUAUAAUAUUACAUUUUUUGUAUUAAUUGUACAAAAUACUAUAUUGUCACGCGGUAAAGUCAUAUAAACGUUAA